AUGACGCAAGAAACUGCAGAUGCUGCAGUUCAGAUCUCAGUAAGUUCAUCUUCACAUAAACGAUCAGACACGAUUUUGGCGUCUUUUAUGAACGGAAUCCACGUUCCCGAGUCUACAAACUUCGAGCUAUACCAGCACAAAAAGAGAAAACUUAAUGAUGUGAUUCUUCACGGAGAAAAUGAUACUUUGGUUUAUAACGGAUCUUUACAGAAUGGAGAAGAUUUGCCGGAAGGUGACGGGGAUUACUGUUUGGGUAUUUUCGAUCCUAUUCAUAGAAGUCUCAAAUUGGUGAAGACAAAGUUGAUUCCUUCUAGAACCCAGUCCAAGAAAUCAUUAAAGGCCAAGGAAAAUUACCAGGAUAUUUCCAAGUUGACAUAUAAUGAUAAAAGAAACAGAUUGGGUGAAGAGUUUGGUACUAGCAGAGCCAAAAAGGCACUCAAUUCGUUCAAAAAGAACAGAGUGGAUGCAACCAAGUUGGCCGAGAAUGAGCUCGAUAUAGCAGAGAGUAUUCAGAAAACUACGGUCAAUAUUCCAGAUAGGGCCCAGUUGACUGAUAUGAUGGAGGAGCAGAAUAGAUUGAUUCCUCCAUACAAUAAAGAUGCCCUUAACGUCGAGGAUGUUUAUCCAUUAGAGGGUAUCAUCUCUUCCAAAGAGUUGAAUGUGAUUAGAGUGGAUUCUCUACUCAGCGGAAUACAGGAUGGUACAGAUGCCAAGAAGUUGUUGGAAACACUACCAUACUUUCCGGAAGAUAGUAAUUAUUUGUUGGGCCGGCUACUCUCGAUAGCAAAGGAUGAUGUUAACGCCAAGUUAAAGCUUCAGAUGUUAUACUAUCUUUCGGUUCUCUUGGCAAUCUUCACCUACCGUAAGCAAAAGAUUGUCGUCAAACUUUCGGAAUCUUUCAAUAAUCAACCUCCAACACUUCUCCUUGAAACGUGCUUGAGUAAGUUUUCUGACUAUGACGGUUACCGGAAGUCUUUCUAUAUAGAUCCAAUGAACGAGGACAGACUUAUAAGUUAUAUGCUUGUCCUUAUGCUCAAGUUGGAUGACUAUAGCGUUGCCAUAUCGCCGUUGGCCCAUGAGUUGUCUCUCAAGCCUUCAAGGUUAUCCAGUUUGCUAAGAUCCCUUGGCUGUGUUAACAAAAUGGCUACAUUUGAUCAGCGCGAGGUGUUGGGAGUUCCAAAGUCCUCUAAAGGCUUCAAGGUUUCGCUCCUCAAAGUUCCAUUCAAACUACCUUCUAUGGCUGUACGCCAGCGUAAACAGACGAGUGGCAAUAAGCAUUGA